AAAAUUUGACAGUGCGAGGCUUUAAUAAAAAGUAUGGGAACAGGCUAGAAUUGCUUUAUUUAAACUGCUACAUAUAAAAAGUGAUUUAUUGAUUUCUUGCAAGUUAAUUUCGCAUAUAUGUGAUCCAAAGGAUGUGCAUAAAUAUAUCUUCUAGUGACUGGAAUGAUAUACAUUUAAACUGGGCAAGCAUUUAUCAGAGUGUUCGAUGCGGAUAACAACAGAAUGUGUGCUUUACAUGAAUAUAAUUGUAUGGCAUCUAAUCAGAAUCAGUUAGCUGAUGGUGCUCUUUUGAAUAUGGCACUGAUGCACUCUCUGAAUUGUGCUUCAGAUCGAUUAUCAUGUGACUGUGUCAAUGCAAAUGUUAAGGUAUCUAAAGCUUGCGAAGAUUCUGCAACAACUUCAUCUAUUAACUGUACCAAUCCUUCUAUGGAUUCUAAUAAUGUUUUUGAUAAAGCUCAUAAUCUUAAUGAUAAAAAAUCUCUAUAUAUGUCUAAAGCAUGUAAGUAUUCAUUUAUUGCAUCAGAUUACACUUCUGCUGAAGGACAGAAACUUCUGAGUAUAAAGGUAUAUCAGAAACCUCCAGAAACUGAUUGUUCUGUAUCUAAAGGUAAAAAUUUUCUCUCAAAGAGAUCCAUAUCUGAAUAUUUCUUAAGUAAAAAUGGUGUAGAUAAAGAUAAUCAAGAAGAUAAAAAUAAAGAAAAUAAUUUACUGAAGUCGUGGCAGCGAACAUUUUUCAAACCACAAGUGCUAAUACAUCAUCCUUUUGAAGAAUUUCGCCACUGUGAUAAGAUAAAUACAUCUUAUAUUCAAGACUCUGUAAAAGAAUCAACUUUAUUCAAUUCUGCUGUUUCAAGUGACUUGGGAUUAACCUCAAGCAAAAGUAAUUAUUCAUUACAUGGUCAACAGGCACUGAAUGUUCUUGACCCUGAGCCUGGCAUUUCUGGAAUUGCAAAUGAGUGUGUUGAGGAAAAUAAAAAUGUUCAGACUGGAUUAUCUGAUGAUAGAUUUUCCCAUAAAAGCUAUAAUUUAAACCCAAAUGUCAACUUCAAAGUUUUUGAUAUUGAGUCACUUAGUGAAUCUGGUGAACCUUGUGAUAAUGCUUCUUUAGAGAAUAAUGCUCAUUUUGGUUUGGAUGAUGCAUGGUUUAUGCCUAGUGCUCGUCACACCUUCAGUGGUGCUGAUAUUUCUGGUUCAGCCUCUGCUGCACAGCUCAGUGUUGCUAGCAGUUUUGGAGACAGUAGCCUACCUACAUGCAAAAUUUGCCACACUGUUGCCAAGCCAGAUGAUCCUUUAAUAUCACCCUGUCGCUGCACUGGUACUCUGCGAUAUAUACAUUGUGGUUGUUUAAUGAAAUGGCUGGAAAUUUGCAAUAAAAGAUCUAGGAAGCCACCAACAUGUGAACUCUGUAAAUACCAAUUUCACUGGCAUAAAAAAUUCAAGGUUGGACAAUGGCAAUUCCCUCAUUGCUCCUGGCAGGAUAAAAUAUUACACACUGUUUUCCUCAUUUCAGUGUUAAUCAUGAUUGGAUGUGCUGUAGUUACUGUUAUGUGCUUCAAGCAACACCGAGGAGCAAAAUCAGAGAUUACUCAUCUAGAACUUACUCAGUCUGAAAUUAUAACUCUUAUUUGUGGUGCAUUGUUCUUCCUUGCAUUCUUUUUAGCCAUGUAUGUUGAAAUAAAAGCUAGAAAUACUAUUUAUAAACUCAUGCUCAAAUUCAUAUAUCUAAACCAACAGUGGUAUAUUGAUGAAUAUGAUAAAAAGAAAGAAAAUGCAGCAAUAGAUGUAUAAUUAUCAUAUGUAUAAAAUGUAAAUACUCAUGAAGAAAUGAUUUCUCCUCUUUUUGGCCACUUACUGUAGUUUCACUGCAUAGAGAUAUAGAUUAUUUUUGAAAAAGGAAAUGUACAGGCUUUUUUCUGUGUUAUAAAACUCUAGCACUUGCCGAUAUUAGCCUUUUUAUACAAUUUUAAUCUGUUAAAUAGUUAUCUGUACCUAAACAAGGAUUUAUUUGAGUGGCUAACAAAACUCUAAAUGUGUGCUAGCAUUUUAUACAUUUUGUACCUAUGUUUUCUAAUGUAAUUUUUUACUUAACUAUAUUUUAAAUUGUUGGCAAGUUUUUCCAUGGUAAGGAAAUUCAGGAUUUAAAAUGGCAUAGCAUUUUACUUCUUUAUAUAUACUAUCUUAAGACAUAGAAUAUAAAUGUAAAAUAAUAAAACUAAUAUAUAUAUAUAUAUAUAUAUAUAUAUAUAUAUAUAAAGUUUAUUACUUUAUUUAAGAAUAUCAUACACUAUGUAAGUUGUGAUAGACUCAAUUUAUUUAAUGUUAAAAAUUAAUAAUUUAAGAGAGCUUAAUUUGUAGUCAUUAGUUGUGUAAGAUAUUACUCACAGGUUAAGCCUUAAGGGGGGGUUUGAAGAAAGCAAGUCUUGUAUAAACUGAUGUGUUUUGUGUUUUCUUUCUCUUUCAUCUGUUUACCAAAUCAAAGUUUAGCAUAUCUUCCAUAUUUACUAAAGUGUUAUAAUUGUAUAUUGUAUUCUUUAUUAUGCAAGGGGGAAUUUCACUGAAGUAAUGUGCCUCAAACUGAGCUCAUAGCCAUGCUGAUUAAUAGUUGUGAAAUAGGACACUUAAAAAUUAAUGUUAGUGCUAUUAAGUUGUGGAAGUUUUUUGACAGAGAAAAGGUAGAUUUGUAUAUUGUUUCACAUGAAGAUAAUUAUGUGUUGGCUAUGAGUUUGUCAAAUUGUGUUUUAUAUAAGAAAACGAUAUGAAUUUGGUAUGGGUUACUGAUAAUUACUAUGCAGAUACUAUGCAGCAUAAAAAAUGUGUGUGUUUGUGUGAUAAAACUACACAAAAAGAUAUAAAUUUGGUAUGGAUUACAGAUAAUUACUAUGCAGAUACUAUGCAGUUUUUGCACCUUUAAUACAAAGAUAUUUCAUAUUUAAUCUUUUAUUAGUAGUAGUAAGACUUAGAAAAUCUCCCUGUGUGUGUGCUAAACACACUGACUGACUUUUUGCUUAUUUUGCCCUACUAAUGUAUUUCAUUGAUUAAGACUAUUUCAUUUUGUAAUAUCUAUUCUAUGGCUUUCACUCUUUUAAUGUAUCCUUAAAAAAUCCUGUUGUAAUGCAGUGCAUUUAUAUGAAUUUCUAUAGCUUGGGAACCCCCUUCCUGAAACAAAUCACUUUCAAUUAUUUUUUUUUCCCUGUUUUAUGUAGGGUGUUCAAUUUAAAAGAAAAACUCAUUUAUGAAACAUAAAUUUGAAACAGCAUGAUAAUUAUGUAAAUAUGCUGUUCACCUCUUAAAUUAACAAUCUGCCUUUAAAAUCUCCUAAAAUAUUCAAAUUGUCCAGUUCUGCAUUUGUAUCAUUAAUCUGUGCAAGGUUCCUUUAUAUGGAGAUUAAAUAUAUAUAUUUUUUAAAUACAUUAAUAAUUUGAGUGAAAAUAACUGUAAAUUAGUGCAGAAUUAAUUAUAUCAAGUUGAAAGCAGUGUAAUUUAAAGAACUGAUAAAGAAUAUAAUUCAUAAUAAAAUAACGGGAGCAGUUAUACAUUUCGCAAACACAAGAAAAAAAUAAGUUUAAUACGUUUUCAGUAUAAUAAUCAACAGUUUGACUCUCAAGAUGGAGAUAUAUUUGUAGAUGGUAAACAACAUUUUUACUUGUACUGGCACACAGUUCAAAUAAAAUGUUAAAUUCUUUACUAAUAAAUAGCAUCAUAUCAGUUUUAUCCUUAAGGUACUCCCCCAAUUGAAUAUAUCUGGGUUAAAGGAGCAAGCUGGCCUUCCACUGACCCAUAACUCCACCCAUAUGAAAAAUUUUGUGACAUGCUUGUUGCUAAAUGCAUACUCAUUUUGUAGUUAUAUUACCCAAAGCAGAAUGUAAUGUAAUGUCUUUUGUGUCACUUGAUACACUCUCAUAUGUAUAAUUUAGUAGUUGUCUUUGUUAGUGCUCUCUGGUACUGUAUUUUAAGAAAAUUAUGAAUUGCUUCAUAAUAUAAAAGAAUUUUAAUAUUCAUGGGAAAAUGUUUGAAUAUUAUAAAGUUUCUUCUUCAUGCUUAAAAAGUAUUGAGGAUUAAAAAUUUGUAUUUAUGGCUUUAACAAUUAAUUAAACUCUGUAUUUAUCGUAGAAAAUCGUAUAUAGCUAUUUCUAGAAAGUUAUCAUGAUAGCUGUUUGAAUCAGAGUUGCAAAUAUUUCUAAUUUGCUUGUAUACAAACAAUUCAGUAAAAUUUGCAACUUAGUAUUCAUUGCCAAAAUUUUCUGUUUGAUUGCCAAAUUUUAUUAUUCUGGAAGAAAUAUUCUAAUUCAUGAGAAACUAUGAAGACACAUUAGUUGUACAUGCUCUAAUUUUUAAAACAUAAGAAUUUAUGUGUGCUAUGGAAUAGUGAGAAUGUGAGAAACAUUCAUAAAGGUUUCUGUUUUUGAAGUAUUUUGUUGUUCAUUUCCUAUGUGUAUUGUUAAAAGCAUGUGAGAGUAUUUUUAUUAUAAAAUUUGUGACAAAUUUUUCAGUGAAAAUAAAUGAUUCUUGUUACAAAAUGAU